UCUCUCCGCCCAGAAGGAGUUGGAGGCAACUCUAGGAGCAGCAGGAACAUGGCAGAGGGCCUGACACUGGGCUUCGGGGAAACGGCCAGCGUGGAAAUGCUGCCAGAGGACGGCGGCUGCAGGCCCAAGGCCAGGGCUGGGCUGGCGUCCAGGAGGAGCAGUGCACGCUGGCCUCUGACCUGCUGCCUGCUGUCGAUCCCCAUCCUGGCUGCACUCACCACCUACCUGCUCGUCGGGCAGCUCCGGGCUCAAGGAGAGGCCUGUGAGCUCCAGACUCAAAAAGAACAGGAGAUUGGACCUUCGCAUCAGCGAGCUUAUGUACCUCCUGGAACUGACAGGGAGAAACCAAGGGCACACCUGACAGUUGUGAGACAGACUCCCAUGCAGCCCUUGAAAAAUCAGUUCCCAGCUCUACACUGGGAACAUGAACUUGGCUUGGCCUUCACCAAGAACCGGAUGAAUUACACCAACAAAUUCCUGGUGAUCCCAGAGUCGGGAGACUACUUUGUUUACUCCCAGGUGACCUUCCGAGGGACCAUAUCUGAGUGUGGUGAAAUCAGCAAAGGGAGGCAACCAAACAAGCCAGACUCCAUCAUUGUGGUCAUCACCAAGGUAACAGACAGCUACCCCGAACCAACCCAGCUCCUAAUGGGGACCAAGUCAGUGUGUGAAAUAGGCAGCAACUGGUUCCAGCCCAUCUACCUAGGGGCCAUGUUCUCCUUGAAUGAAGGGGACAAGCUGAUGGUGAAUGUCAGUGAUAUCUCUUUGGUAGAUUACACAAAAGAAGAUAAAACCUUCUUCGGAGCCUUCUUGCUAUAG